AAGGCGUUUGAAAUUGGUUUACAUUUGAAAUUUGUUCUUAAAUUAGCGGACUGGGUCGUUUUAUAUUUGCAUACCUUGUCAAUGUCGCUAGCUUGUUACACUGAAAUAUAUGUGCGUUAUUUGAAUUCAUGGGGCAUUCUUUUUGCUACUCGAGAUCUUUAAGCGUAAUGUAGCAGCCGCGUGUGCGAUUGAAAUUAAGAUUCAAACGUUUGGGUUUUGUUCUUAAUCGAGGUGCUCCUGUCAAACCAGUUUAACUGCAUAAAGGAAAAAAAGUUAAAUCUUAACAGAGGUGCAGCUCUUUGCCAAUAAAGCAAACAGAUGUUCAGGGGUUGUCAUUAUUUACACAAGCGAUUGGGGACAUUACUCAAACCGACUCAGGAGAUUUCGUGUGAUUUCAUCGUGGCCACUGUGUACCACACUACGAGAAGAAUAACUUUUGUCUCCUGAUUGCCUGGAGCUGCUUUUGCUGCACCAACUUUGCAGUAGACAAGUGUGCAGACUGAUAAGGCACUGAAAGGUGGUAAAGGAGGACUACAACGAAGGAUUAGCUGUUGCUGUAAGAGUGGGGACUGGACCAGAAAGCAUAGGCCCUCUGGCAUCCACCUCACACAAUAGGAACACUAAGCUUCCUGUUGGACCUCUUUACUGCUUUUUUCCCUCUUUUCCUGCUAUCUCCUAGAUUUUGAUGAUUAAGCACAAGGGUCACUUUGAAGGAGCCCACUGGUGGAUGUGGCCUAGUCAGAGCUGAUGGACUUCUUGCCAGUUAUUGCUGAUUUAGUUACUUAGUUCAUGUCCAUUGCCUACUUAAGUACAGUAUAGUUGACACUAUCAUGAAUGGAGGCUGGAGGACACACUUGUGAAGAAAUCAACUCCUGGGAUUGAUGCCGCUGAUUAUGGAUCAUAUUUUUUGCCCAUUGAAGGAUUUUCCAUUUUAGGCCCCAUUUUCCUAUGUGUUGGUUGAAAAAGUGGCUACAGUUCUAGAAUCUGGGCAAAAGCUUUCUAUUGGUGAGGAUGAAGCUGAGGAAACAGGUGACAGUGUGUGGAGGGGCCAUCUUCUGUGUUGCUGUGUUCUCACUAUAUCUCAUGUUGGACCGUGUCCAGCAUGACCCUGCAAGACGACAAAAUGCUGGAAACUUUCCACGGAGCCAAAUUUCUGUCCUGCAAAACCGGAUAGAGCAGCUGGAACAGCUCCUCGAGGAAAACCACCAAAUCAUCAGUCACAUCAAAGACUCUGUCAUGGAGCUCACAGACACAGGAGCAGUGUCUCCUAGUGCCCACCCGCCCUUCAGGGGUGCCAAUGGCUCUUGGGUCCUUCCCUUCGACGGUCGCUCCACUUUUCUUGCUGUCAAUCCCCAGGACUGUCAGUUGGCUGCAGGCAGCCACAGUCAGGGAGAUGUUCAGAUGUUGGAUGUAUAUUCAUUGCUAAAGUUUGACAAUCCAGAUGGUGGUGUGUGGAAACAAGGCUUUGACAUAACUUACAACGCUGACGAGUGGGACAAAGAACCUCUGCAAGUGUUUGUGGUCCCACACUCUCACAAUGAUCCAGGUUGGAUCAAGACUUUUGACAAGUACUUCACAGACCAGACGCAGCAUAUUUUAAACAACAUGGUGGUGAAGCUGGCCGAGGAUCCCCGCAGAAAGUUCAUCUGGUCUGAGAUUUCCUUCUUCUCCAAGUGGUGGGAGAGUGCCGAUGCACAAAAGCAGGAGGCUGUGCGCAAACUGAUCCUCGAAGGACAGCUAGAAAUUGUGACGGGAGGCUGGGUAAUGACAGAUGAAGCCAACGUUCACUACUUUGCCAUGAUCGACCAGCUUAUUGAGGGACAUCAGUGGCUAGAGAGAAACAUAGGGGCAACACCCCACAGUGGUUGGGCAAUAGACCCCUUUGGUCACAGCUCCACUAUGGCUUAUGUACUGAAGAGAGCCAACCUGACUAGCAUGCUUAUCCAGAGGGUCCACUACUCAGUGAAAAAGCAUUUUGCUGCCACACGCAACUUGGAGUUUAUGUGGCGGCAGACCUGGGACACUGGAUCCAAUUCAGACAUCUUUUGCCACAUGAUGCCCUUCUACAGCUAUGAUGUUCCUCAUACAUGUGGGCCUGACCCAAAGAUCUGCUGCCAGUUUGACUUCAAGAGGCUACCUGGUGGUCGAAUCAAUUGUCCAUGGAAAGUGCCACCCAAGGCUGUGGUGGAGGCAAAUGUAGCAGAGAGGGCACAACUCCUCCUGGAUCAGUAUCGAAAAAAGUCCAAACUUUACCGUAGCAAGGUGCUUCUCAUCCCUCUGGGGGAUGACUUCCGUUACGACAAGGCCCUGGAGUGGGACCAGCAAUAUAUCAAUUAUCAGAAGCUCUUUGAUUACAUGAAUUCCCACCCUGGGAUGCAUGUCAAGGCUCAGUUUGGAACUCUCACAGACUACUUCAGUGCUCUGUAUAAAUCAUAUGGAGUAUCACAGGGAUCCCAACCUCCAGACUUUCCUGUGCUCAGUGGGGAUUUCUUUGCCUAUGCCGACCGCGAAGACCACUAUUGGACUGGUUACUUUACAUCCCGGCCAUUUUAUAAGAGCUUGGAUCGUGUCAUUGAGUCACACCUCAGAGGAGCUGAGAUCCUUUACAGUUUGGCGGUUGCUAAUGCCCGACAUCUGGGGAUGGAAGGACGCUAUCCAGUUUCAGAUUACGCCGUGCUUGUUGAUGCCAGGCGCUCCGUGGGCCUUUUCCAGCAUCACGACGCCAUCACUGGCACUGCAAAGGAGAGUGUUGUCGUUGACUAUGGCUCAAGACUAUUGCGCUCUCUCAUUGGCCUGAAGCGAGUGAUCAUCAAUGCUGCUCAUUUCCUGGUGAUGAAGAACAAAGAUUUCUAUCGAUUUUACCAGACUGAGCCUUUCCUGGAGACGGAUGACAGGCGUGCUACUCAAGAUUCUCUGCCUCAGCGCACUUUAAUCGAGCUGGAUCCAGCGGGGCCAAGGUACUUGGUCCUGUUCAACCCAUUUGAGCAGGAGCGGCUUUGUACUGUGACUGUGUUAGUUAACACUGUGAAGGUGAGGGUGCUCACUGAAGAUGGGCAGACUCUCCCUGUACAGCUGAGUGCUCAGUGGAGCUCGGCAAGCCAAAUGAGUGCAGAAGUGUUUGAGGCUACAUUUAUCGUGCGCCUACCAUCACUGGGACUUUCCGUCUUCCAUCUCUACAACUCGCCGGACUCGCCCAUGACUCUACGUUCAGAUGCCCUUCUCCGGCUGCCGGGUAGAGCCCUCACUGCCCGCGCUUUGGACCCACUUCCUGUUCGGUCUCAGCAGGCUGACGCUCAGGCAUUCUACAUCAAGAGCCAGUUUCUGACAUUGGGCUUCUCUGGCACCACGGGCCUUCUGGAGAGUAUCAAACACAAAGAUGAUCCUCGGGAAAGGAAGGUCCAGAUGCAUUUCGUUAUGUAUGGAACUCGUCCUUCUAAGGACAAAAGUGGUGCCUAUCUUUUCCUGCCUGAUGGGAAAGCGAUGCCCUAUGACCACAAAGAACCACCAGUGGUGCGUGUUGUUGAGGGCCCUCUCUUCUCUGAAGUGGUGGCUUACUACCAACACUUUGAGCAGGCAAUUCGCAUCCACAAUGUUCCAGGUGUGGACGGCCUGUCUGUGGAGAUUACCACCAAAGUGGACAUCAGAGAUCAGACCAACAAGGAGCUGGCCCUGCGACUGGUCACCGACAUCCAGAGCGGAGAUGUCUUCUACACAGACCUCAAUGGCUUCCAGAUGCAGCUUCGCCGCCGCCACCAGAAGCUUCCCUUGCAAGCUAACUUCUAUCCGAUGCCCAGCCAGGUGUACAUCCAGGACAGCCAUCACAGGCUGACGCUGCACACGGCUCAGUCUUUGGGUGUCAGCAGCCUGGAGAGUGGCCAGCUCGAAGUAAUUCUGGACCGCCGACUGAUGCAGGAUGAUAAUCGUGGGCUGGGACAAGGCCUCAAGGACAAUAAGCGGACGGUCAACCACUUCAGACUGCUUAUGGAGAAGAGGUUGAUGGGCAAUAAGAUGAUGGACAUUUCCACAACGAGCUUCCCCUCUGUCCUCAGUCAUAUGACUAACUGCUUCCUGAACCAUGAUGUUCUGGCUCUGCCUGUCCUGCCUAAAAUGCGCGGCGUGCCUCCUCUACAAUCCUUUGCACCAUUCAAGUCUGUGCUGCCCUGUGACUUCCACUUGUUAAACCUCCGCAGCAUACAGAGCCAAGACCCCAAGGCUCCAUCACCAUACACAGCUUUAAUUGUUCACCGUUUUGGCCUCGACUGUGCUUUUGAUGCACCAAGCUUAGGCUUCAACUGCACCACCACCCAAGGACAGCUGAAUAUUUCCAGUCUUUUCAAGAACUUGGACCUGCAGCUGCUCCAGCCCAUGUCAUUGACCCUGAUGUAUUCCAGUCCACCACUGGCCAACCACUCCACAGUAACCUUGGACCCGAUGGAGAUCUCCGCCUUCAAACUCAAAUUGCGAUAGGAGCCAACCUGAUCCAGCGGGUUCAUACUCUUCGGACUGAAACUGGACUCUCGCCAGCUGUGAAACAGCACAUGGGACUUCAGCUGGGUUGAGCGUGUUGUGGAGAACCACAAACUCGCUACGAUCACAGCCACAGUAGGUUCUCCUGCGUCAGAAUGAGUUUUCUUGGGUUUCAGCCUGGAACUGCACUACUGAAUGUAAAUAUCCCAAUGAUGUGCGAAUAGUAGUAAGAGGGAGAGGGGAAUCAUCAAAAAUGUGUGCCAGAUAAGAGUGCAAUUUAAAAAGCUUUGUUUUAUGGACUUUAUUUUUCUUAAUUUUCUAUGCGCGUAAGGGCACACAUUGCAAUUUUUUAUUUUUUCUGCCUCGGUGCAUCAAAGAUAAUUUUGUGUUGUGGACACGGAGAUACAAGCUGGUCUGCUCUCUUGGCAGUAAUAAUGGGAUCACGCGAAAGGUCCACUCGUCAUUCUGAGCUUCCUUGUCACUGUGCUCAUCAGUUGUCUUAAUCCAUGUGUUGGCGCGUCACCGAUGAGCAGCUGUGCAUGCAGUUAAUACUCAUCCAAAACUAGACUCUAUGCGGGUGUGUGUGCGAAGUCUUGGGCCACCACUAUCCCUGUUGUUUUCAUGAGCCAUUUCACAUGUUGACAUUUUAAGACCCCGUACAGUUUUUGCAGGAUGAAGCUCGGGUGUUCGAAACUGAAGGUGCACCUAUAUUUUGACAUACGGUAAGUACACUGAAACAUGUCUAUUCAUAAAAAUAUAAGUGCAGUGACAUUUUGAACACUCGAUAGUUAUGUAUGAGUAUAGCAUUGUGUGAACAACAACUCUAAUGCUGGUUUAAGACUUUUUUUUUUGGGGGGGUGGUGCAUAGUGCUGUCCACGCAUAUGUACAACGAGUGUGGCGGGGAACAUUCAUGAUGCUGUAAGUGCAGGUUCAUCUUGAGAGGUGAAUGCAGAAUCUACAAUGUUUAUUUCCGCCAUUCAGAUUUUUAGUCUGUAUAAUUUAAGGUAAUGAGGGUUCUGCUUUUGAGCUAUGAAAUGCUUAGGCUUCCUGUCUUUAAAUGAUAGAUCAAGUCCAGCCCCCCAAAGAGAUUUUGCAAUGAGAGUAAAAUCUGUUUGUCAAUAAUACUUUAGUAACAUUCCAGUGCUGAUGAGGAAGCCUUAUGUAUGUACUAAAUUUGGACAAGUAGUGGUAUAUCUGAAUAUUUAAUUUAAAAAAAAUCUUAUUUUCCAUUUUAAAAAGCAUCACAAUGAAAAAUUCCAGGCACCUGUUUUGCAGGCAGAUGCAUUUCACUUUCACACAAUCUCCUGACUUUAGUUGAUCAAGUCAGAAUUAGGUGGCAAACUGUGUGACAAUAUACGUGUAGAUGGCUGAUAUGCGUUUACACACACAACAAAAUUCCAUUCCUGCAGAGUUGCUGCAUUUUCCUCGUGUAUUGAGUCUAGAGCUGUGGACAGCCUAAAACAUUUUUUUAUGACUACAUUUCUUGUUUGUUUUGUUCAUUUCCCACGGGCCUGUCACACAUCAACAUAAACUGCGCUGGCUUCUGUUAACUUUUCAAUGAGUAGCACUUCCUGUUUUUCCAUCCCUCAGUUUCCAUUUUAGCCCUCUCACUGUCACAUCUUUGUGGGAUUUUGUCCUUUAAAAAGGUGAAAUUUUCUGUAGCGCUGUAUGAUCAGAGGUAAUAUAUGGUGGCAGGCUCUUUUCUGUCUCGAUGGAGUAAUGAUGCAGAAUAUUGAAUAAAGAAGAAAAUGCUACAGGAAUUGUGAUAUUGUACUGUACUGUAUAUACAUUCUGGUCCAGUUUUCAAACUAAAUUGUGUAGCUUGACCCGAUUAGAAUGUAGACAUUCAGCUUGAAGAGGUUUCACACAAAUAUCAGUGGCGUCGAACCAAAUUCUCAUAUGAUAAUAAUAAAAAAAUAACAGACCUAAUUACCAAUCUUAAAAAUUUGUGAAAACAUGAAAUUUAGACAGAUUUCAUCCUGACGCCAGUGCUGGCAGUUAAAGGAAUUCAAGCAAUAUUACGUAGAAUGUCAGUUUUCAGAUUUGGACAAUUGACAUGAAUGUAAAUAAAAUUGUUUUUGUAAUCGCUAAAUCAAAAUAUUAUGAACUCUACUUCACUGCAGACAUUUUUGCUUGAUCCUUGUUUCUGGUUAUUGGCUUUCAGCGCAUAUAUAAUAUUGGGUUGAGAUCAAGCCACUGAAUAGGUGACUAAAGACUACACAAUGUACAAAAUGCAUUCCCAAGUCAAGAACAGCUCACGAUCCAAAGAUGGCGGUGUUUGUUUAGGAUUUGCCUGCUAACUUGAGUUAAAAAAAAAAAAAAAAAGCUUGUCCGAGGAUCCAUUCUCUAUGGCCCUUGUCCACGUUAGGGUAAUGAGUGGGCCAGAGUUUACUGUAUAUGACCGACAUAGUUUGAGCAAGAGGCACGUAUACCGUGGACUAUUUGCCAUGUGAUUGGUAUUUGUCUGCCAUAAAGGAGAUCCAGAUCAUGAUUUGUUUUUACCAUAUUACCCUCAUCAGUUAAAAUUUAUGUUCCGAUCUGCUUAAAAUGUACUGCAAUGUGGGUUUAGAGGUUGACAGCAACUUUGGAUGCAAUGGGAAAGACACGACACACUGACAAUUGGCUGUCAUAAUCAGCUUUGAUCCUUAUACAAUUCAAAUAUCACACCGCAUAAAUUUGGCUGCAGACAGCCUGCAUGCUUCUUCUCCUGUCCUAGGGUAUAGUGCUCCAACCUCCUCCAACAGCCAUAUUUAAUGUUUCCUUGUAGAUAUGUAAUGAUUUACUUUUCUCAUUCUGUUUACAAUUAGAGUAUUGUCUCUCUCCCCUCCAGAAACUGUUCCUUUCGACUGAUUGAUUCUCAGUAAACUUCAAUUAUAAUACAAAGUACUGAGAAACCACAUAGGAAUCUGAAAAACUCCACUGUGAUACAGUAAAACUGUUCCAGCAUAAAAGGAAUGCAGGUUCCUAAACAGUCGAACAGGACAAAAAUAAAAACUAGUGUGUAUAUUUGCAAGGAAGGUGUUGGUUGUAUUUGUUUUUCAUUUUUCAAAUUCUGAUUCAGAUUCUUUAAUGUACCAAAUGAGGGAUCUACCUUGCAUACAUUCUGGUUAAUCGACAGCCACAUUCUGCAUUAUUAGUACAGUUUAGCAUUGUGUUAACAUUUGAAGCUUUUACGUAUUAUUUACAUGGCUUGAGCCGAGUGAAUGCGGCAGCAUGACUUAUUUCAACUGUAGGGGAAAGCUUCUGUGCAUUUUGUUUGAAUGUAAACUAAUGUUAAGACACACUGCAGUGGAGAUUAUAAUUUUGAAUCAUGUCAAAACCACUGGAUGCCUGAUUGGCAACUAAAAAGAACCAUCUUUAUUGUGUGUGUGUUUUGGCAACAGUUUCCUUCCUAGUAGACCAGACCAGAUUGUAUACAAGGUAGAUCCCUCUCUCGAUACAUUAAAGAAUGAUUGGAGAAAGGCUGUGAGAAUUACUUCAAGAAUGUCUGUGAAAUGGGCUCCUCACUUUCCAGGUUUGCGCAAUUGUAAUUUGUUUAAUCUUUUUGUAAAAGUGUUUUGUCUAUUGUGCUUUCUAAAAUAUUAGUUUAAUCUUUUUGUGAAUGUGUUUUGUCUUUUGUUUUUGUGCUUUCUAAAAUGUUAUUUCACAAUUUAUUGCUUUGCACUUCCAGCCAACCAUACCUUAAAGGUCAAGUGUCA